AUGGCUGCAUUACCUUCCACUCAAUUUACCUAUCGGUCCUAUAGUAACUUUAAACUGGUCUCGGGACACCCAGACUAUCAGCCUAUUCCGAACUUCGAAGACCCUGAGGGAAAUGUAAAGACCUUUCAGUAUAGCAAAGAUGGUAGAUAUCUUGGUUGGGCGUCUCCCGAGAGCGUGAAGAUUAUCGAUACCGAGUCAAUCGAAAUUGUUAAUGAAAUUCCAAAGAAAAAUGUUGUUGAAAUUGGAUUUUCUCCGAAGGGAAGGUACAUUUCUACUUGGGAAAGAUCAGUGAAGUUGGCGGAUAACUCAGUACAUGCUAAUCUAGUUGUGUGGGAAGUUGCUACGGGAAAAGAGUUGAUUUCCUUUACGCAAAAAAGUCAAACGAAUUGGAAUGUUCAGUGGACCGAAGAUGAAUCGUUUUUCAGUCGUUUGGUAACGGGAGAAAUACAAUUUUAUGAAAGCAAGAGCCCAGAAAAAGGCGUUCACGGCAGAUUGAAGAUAGAGGGGAUUGGUGAUUUCUCUUUGUCACCCGGAAAAAGUCCAUCCGUUGCAGUAUUUAUUCCAGAAAAAAAUGCAGCACCGGCAGCUGUUCGCAUAUAUUCCAUUACCAAUUUUAAUUUCCCAUUGUCCUCGAAAGUCUUUUACAAAGCGGACAAAAUUCAGAUGAAAUGGAACAAUUUAGGUACAAAUUUACUUGUUCUAACUCAGACGGAUGUGGAUAAAACGAACAAGUCAUAUUAUGGAG